AUGGACGAGGAGAUGAAGACAUGUGAAGUACCUGGACAAGAAGCUGUCGUGUUGAGUUUCUGUUGCAAAAACUUCUACACGUGUAGAAGAUGGUGUAUUAGCAGAGUUGCUCAUUGUUCACAGCCUCUUGAAGAUGCUUCUCCCGUCGAAAGAAGUGCUCAUCUGGUCAACAUUUUUAAUUUACCUAUCGCAUCAUUUUGGAACACAUUUCUUGAUACAUAUCAUUUUUCAUUUUUAAUACACAGUAGUUUAAACCUUUACAACUUUUUCAGCACGACGCCAUAUUUGACAUUAUUUUACAUGAUAAAGCUUUCAACCAGCACCACUGCUCUCGUGAUCGCACGUGCGAGCUGCAGGCUUUUUGUAUUUCAUAAACAGAUUCGAAACAGGUGAAGUGAGAUUAAAUUGAGUUUAUCUUUAUUGGAAUUAUGUGUAAGUAACUAAGUACCUCCUGAGAAGGUACUAUGCGCCCUAAGAAAAUAAUCGAGUUCUUUUCGCACCAAUUUCUCAUCACAGGCACUACUAGUACUACACCGAUAGGGUAGUUUACUAGAAGCACCUCGAUGUUGAGUCACUCAACCAAAGUAGUGCUACAACGCACUGACUGCACAAGAGAUUCUAUCGUGGAGAUUUCUUUUCCACGAUUGACGUUGACAGGUUUAGAGUUUUUUUCUGCCACUACAAAUUAAUUCAAAAAUCGCCGAUUACGAGUUCUUCGAGUCAUUUGCCACUUGCAAUUGAUCGCCGAUGUUAGUUUUUACUACUGAGUUGUACUAAAUUUUCAGAUAAUUUUUAUGCCGAUUUCUGAUUUGUAUAUUGUUUUGGUAAUAUGCAAAAGGGUCGCUCUUGAUACAAGAAUGCUCCGCUAUAGGUGGACGAGGAAGCAAUGCACACGGUCUAUUCCGCGGAAGCAAUGUGCACUGCCACUGUAUCUAUCAUCGACUGAUUUUUGCAUUAGAGUAAAACAAAACGAAAACUACACGAGUUGUCUUAAAUUUCAAUGCCAGUUCUACUACAAUUUUCGAGAUAGAAUUGUCAUCAGACAAAAUUCUUUCAAUAGCGCAAGAACAGUUCUAGUUUUUCAAGCUUCAGAAAAGAAGUUAAUAUGCAAGACUUCCAGCAACGAAAAUUCACCCCCUACAAGAACCCCAAUAAAAUUUCAUCGUAAUUUAGUAACGGCUCAAGAACCAUCAGCACAUAAUUAGUCGAGCACCGCCCGCAGAGGCGAAUAUGCGGUGUGGGCCACAGGCUGGUAGUCCUUCCAACAAUCGCCGGAGCCCGAAAAUUUUACUACUUUUACUUUGAAUUUCCCCACUGUUGCUCUACUGAAAGAACGUAAUUACCAGCACUUGUUGUAAACCACGAAUAAAAAGUAGAGUGUCGUGCCUAAAAUGAGAAAUGCCGGGGCCUCAGGGUCACCAGCAAGAACCAACACAACUCACACUAAGAACAGCCAACAGGAGCACAACUUCACGCAGGAGUUGUAUCUAUGCGCACACUCAUAGUAGAGCAACAGUGGAAAACAAGACGUCGACACAGCAUCGCCAAACGCGGAACAAGAAACACUGCACUGGUGCAGCAUACUGGGAGACGCAGGAGGAGAUAAUGGAGUUAUCCAACAACUUCUUUCUAGCUUCUACCCGCGCUGUGUAGUCGUCGUCUGAAUCUGAAAAUUUGUUUCUCGUCGGAGAAGCACGACGAUGAACAUAGUUUCUGUAGCUGUAACACGACAACAAACUACACAACUUUUUUGUAACGAAAACGCAUACGCAACACCUCCAAGCAUUAAUAUCACACCAUCACUUAAAAACACGCACCACAACUAGCGAAGCACGGUACUUUUUAACUACUUUUUCUACCGGAGAAGACAAGGACAACAAAAACGGAGACAUUUUUAAGGAGGAACAGGAAGUAGGUAGACAGCAGCAGCACAAAAAAUGCCCCGGUCAGGAGUGCUUCUAUUGAAAAAAAAUAUCAAAAAAAACAAAAAAAAGCACGUCCUAACUUUUCAAACUUUGUUAAACUUUUACAUCAUCACACGUUCAUCCAUACCUCUUUUAGAUUUACAUACACAUUAUCACAGUACUUAUUCAGCUCGAUAUUUUCUUUUAUUUUGGAUAUUUCAUCAGUUUUUUGUUUAUCAUCUUCGUAGCAUUUUCUUUUUGUUUUAACAUGAUUCAUACACCCAAGUCAUUUUCAGGUUUUUUGCAACAAAUCAAAUGUACAGCCCUAUUAACCUUGUUACUCUCGACCAAAGCAUCCCAUUUUCCGCUGCUCUGUCUGUGCUAUUUUACCACUCUGAAUGUCGACUACAAAGUGCAGCCACAGAUGCUGUUGCGUUUGUGCCGCCAUAAAAAUAGUAGUUGCGAAAACAAAAUCUCCGGCGCCCGCUACAGGAGGUAGGGGACGAAAAAUGUAGAAGAGGUACAAUUUUACGUGCUGAAAAUGAAGAUUAGAACACCUAGCGAAAGUGCGAACUUUUUUGCGCUUGAUCUCGACUUUACAACGUUUGUACCAAAUUUAAAGCUUUCGUCCAUCACUUCUUUGACUAUGUUUUAUUUCGCAUAAUUACAACUCAAAUUUCUUAUUUCUACUUAUCAUUUUGUACUACAACGACGUAUUAAAAAUUUUAUCGCCCGACUCUUUAUGCAAAAGAUUCCUGACUACGAACUCAAAGUCAAACACUCCUGUGCUCAAGAUUACGGACGCGGCUGUAACACAAAUUCUCGAAAAGAAACGUGAUUUGCUAGUGGUCCGGGUACACAGUUGUAUUGUUGCUGGAGCAGCAUGCCCAGACGGGUCUUUGCGUAACUUGCGGAAAAAAAAAGAAGCGAACCCGUACCAGUACACAAGAGCGCUAUGAAACAAACCGCGGCCACCGUCUACUGGAAUUGUGACAGGCGUCGAGCAGCUCAGCGCAGUACUUCUGAACCAAGAUGACUAGCUUUCGAACACUAAGCGCCGCAAGCAACUAUCCUUAAACUUUCUGGACUUUAUUCAAAUCAAUUUUGUUGAAGGGGUGACCAUCUCUACUCUGUUGGCAGAACAACAUCAAGUGACGUCACGGCGUCAGAAAAACACUCUGCAGCCCCCACACUGCAGAUGAAGAGUAGGAAGCCAUAGA